AUGGUUAAGAGGUGUUUGGGUUGUUCCAAAAACAGGGAUCUACACCCACACUCCCUCACGCCGCCACCACCCCCCCCACAGGCUCCACACCCACACUCCCUCACGCCGCCCCCCCCUCACAGGAUCCACCCACACUCCCUCACGCCCCCACAGGAUCUACACCCACACUCCCUCACGCCGCCGCCCCCCCUCAAGGCUCCACACCACACUCUCUCACGCCGUCCCCCCCCCCUCUCACAGGAUCUACACCCACACUCCCUCACGCCGCCCCUCACAGGCUCCACGCCCACACUCCCUCACGCGUUUCCUUCCGUCCCCAACGCCCCUCUUUCGCCGGUCAAGCCCCGAUUCCACUGCGAGGCCUCCGGUUUAUGUCUCGCUGUAGUGAAGGCUCGCAGACCCUUAUUGGGGGAAUCUCUGAUGUGGGUUGCGUUCGAGGAGGCGGCUGGUCUGGUUAGACCUUUUUUGGCAGAUCAGCAGCUUGGUUCUGUUUUGGACCCUAUCCAGGAGGCUAAGGCAAGAGAGUGUAAAGGGAACGAACUGAAGCAGGUUGUUGAAGUAUAUACCUCAGAGAAGUAA